AAUAUCAUAUUGAUUGGCAUGUCAUUAUAUGCUGUCAUGAACAUCAAUAACGAUCCAACAUUAUCAUCGAUUUCUGUGUUAGAAAUGAUGAUCUUCUCAACAUCAAUCAGUGCCAUCGAUCCUGUUUGUGUGUUGGCUUUGUUUAAAGAUUUCAAAGUGAAAAAAUCGCUCUAUUAUUUGGUUUUUGGUGAAUCAUUACUUAAUGAUGCAGUCGUUAUAGUCGUACAUGGAAUUCUAAUUGAAACAUUUCGUUCAACUACAUCAAGAUCAUUUUCGACCAUCACAUUAUUUUUAAAUGGUUUUAUUAAGUUUGUUGUUGUCAGUUUCGGUAGCCUUUUUAUUGGUCUAUUUCAUGGAAUUUUUUCGACAAUAUUAACAAUAAUUGCCAGUAAAAACAGAAAUGGCCAUUAUCAAGAAAUUGAACCGAUCUUGAUGAUCAUAUUGUCCUAUGGUUCCUAUAUGAUUGCCGAACUAAUCGGAUGGUCAGGUGUCUUAAGCAUUAUUGCAUGUGGUCUGUUUCAAACAGAAUUUGCUCUGGCUAAUGUAUCAAUACGGUCUCGAAUAACAGUAAAAAGUUCAAUCGAAACUUUAAGUUCUAUUUGCGAUAAAAUGAUAUUCAUAUUUCUUGGAAUGAUUUUCAUCCGAAAUGAACAUAAUUGGAAUUUUAUAUUUAUUUUAUAUACAAUAAUAUUCUGCAUCCUUUAUAGAUUUAUUGCAAUCAUUAUAUUGACUUUUUUCGUCAAUCAUUAUUGGAUUAGUCGGUGGUCAAAAUUAAUGGUUACUCGUUGGAUAAAAUUUGCCGAACAAAUUCUUCUGGUUCAUGUUGGACUUCGUGGUGCGAUUGCAUUCGCUUUGAUUUCUUUAUCAUACCAAAAACAACCAAUGAAUUAUCAUAAUCAAAUUGUAUCCGAGCCGAUUUUUUUCUGUGAUUGUAAUGAUUUUCAAUCCAAUACAUCAUCGAUGAACAUGUCAACGUAUCAGCUAUUUCAGACAACAACAUUAUUCAUCAUAAUAUUCACCGUAUUCAUUAUGGGUUCUACCACACAACCUUUAUUAGCAUAUUUGAAAAUUGUCAUCGAUAACAAACAUAAUCGACAGGCUAAAUUAUCAAAAAAACCAUCUUGUUGUUGUCGAUUUCAAUGUCUACCAAGACAAUCAAAUGAAAAGUUGUUUGAUAGACUUAAUAAUCAGAUAAAAGAAAUGGUCAAUAAUUGUAACUUAAGAUCAUCAUCAUCGAUUGUUUAUCCAGUGACAAUCAACAUUCGUUUGGAAUCAAAUGAUGGAAUUCCGUCUAAUGGAAACGGAAAUGUUGUUCGAAAAGAACGAGAAAAAGUAUCAAUAAUAGAAAUUGAUUCCAUUCCAACAUUAUGA